AAUUAUUUGACAAUUAUUUGUCAAAUAUUUCGCUGAAUUUUCAUGUAGAUUAACGAAAUUGUGAGAAUUGAAGCUAUUUUAAUAUAUAUAUAAUUAUACAAACUCACCAGUUAUCUUUCACACAUCUCCGGGGACAUAUUUCGCGUGAUUUCACAUACUAUUAGGAACAUGGAGGAGGAGGACGAUGUCCCGACCCUCUCAGCAGAGACGUUCGCAGCCCUGCAGGAGUUCUACGCUGAGCAGCAGAGGCGACAGGAGAUACUAACCAAACUAGAAGAGAAUGACAAGCUCAAGGAAAACAUACUGUUUGAUGAGAAUUGGCAACUGAGCCAGUUUUGGUAUCAUGAAGCCACAGUGCAAUCGCUCGUGAAGGUCAUAGACAAGAUGGUGGCGGACGGCGGGCGUGUGGCGCUGGUCUCCUGCCCCACGCUGUUCGUGCCCGUCAAGAGGCAGCUCGGAGCCCGAGCUACAGUGUCACUGCUAGAAUACGACAGGCGAUUCGAAGUCCACGGGCCAGACUUUAUUUUCUACGACUACAAUACACCAGAGAAACUCCCACCAGAAGCGCUGCACUCUUACGACUUAGUCGUGGCUGACCCUCCGUUCCUCUCCGAAGAAUGCAUUACAAAAACCUCGGAGACGAUAAAAUUGCUAGCUAAGGACAAAAUCGUGGUGUGCACGGGAACUGUGAUGAGGGAAAAUGUGGAAAAACUUUUAGCAUUAAAGAUUUGUGAAUUCCAGCCGCAUCAUAGGAAUAAUUUGGCGAAUGAGUUUUCAUGUUAUGCCAAUUUCGAUUUGGAUGGCAUACUUAGGUGUUCUUGAAAUAUGUAUAAGUUAUAUUUAUUAGGUUUCGUAAUGAAGUUAUACAGGAUAUGAUCCGACAGAGGUUUUUUUUAUUUUUAAAUCUGGAAAAGUUUUUACCGCGUGUUAUAAGGCGCUAUCGAACCGCACACCAGCACCACCAUUAUUUCUUUGUAAAAAAGAAAAAAAUAAUCUUGAAAAAUUAUGCCACACUAAAAGAGUUUUAUUAGAAAGUAUUUCAUUACAGAAUUGUUACUUACUGAUGACUAAACAGAAAACGGUGGCCACCAAAAUCCGUAUAGUCAAAUGUGCCUAUAUUUUUUUCUUUUAUCUAUGGUGACUACAUUGAAGCUGUGUAUUUAUAUAUAUAUAUUCCAUAUACAUUUACAUUUCACUAGGAAAUGUAAAAGAAACUGAUGAAAAUGUGAUUGUAGCGCUAGGGUGCGUUAGAUAUAGUAGCCUUAAGUUGCGCUGCAUGGCACUAUGCAGCAUUAAUUGCAGCUAAUUUGAGAUAAUUGUUGUGUUUGACUGUACAUUCUGUCUGUAUAUACUCUAGUAUUAUGGAUGUAUUCAUCAUGAAAUUAUGUUGGAAAAUAUAAAUAUUUCUAAGGUUUAAA